GUUCAUAAAUCUUCAAAGCCGGGAUCAGCAGCAGGUUGAGUGAAGACACUGAAGGAGGGAGAGUGAGGCAGAUGGAGAAGAAACGGUGAUGGGGAGGGAUCCAAAAAAAACACAGCAUGGCGGGUGGGAGAGCAGAUAGAGAGAGGGGAGUGUGUGUGUGUGUGUGUGUGUGUGGUGGGGAGAUCCAUCCACUAACGCAGAAGUUUCAGCUCCGCGCUCCACACACAGCCAGGACGAAGGACAGAAAGCACUAACAGGUAAAAUGUUGCUGCAUUCGAGCGUUCUGAUUGGCCUGCUGUGCCUGGGCCAGCCCGGCGGCGCCUGGGGAUUGGCCCGCCUGCUAGACCACGCAGAGCUGCGCUCGGCCUUCUCCGUGUCGCGCACCAACAGCAUGGAAGGUGGACCGAAAAUGACCGUGACCUUUGACAUGGUUUACGUCAACAUUGGCGGAGACUUCGAUGCCAAGGCGGGAUUGUUUCGCUGCCGCAUCCCCGGGGCGUACUACUUCUCCUUCACGGUGGGGAAGUUCCCCCACAAAGACCUGUCUGUGAUGCUGAUGAAGAACAGGAACGAGGUGCAGGCCAUCGUCUACGAGGAGAACGCCGGAGAGGAGAGAAAGGUGCAGAGCCAGAGCGUCAUGCUGCAGCUGGAGUUCGGGGACACCGUCUGGCUCCGUCUCCAUGGCGACCCCCGUUACGCGCUCUACAGCAACACCGGGCACUACACCACCUUUAACGGCUACCUGAUCUACCCCGACAUACAGCUACCAGACCCACCACCACCAGCACCAGACGACGGGAGAUCCGCCUUCUCCGUGGGCCGCACCCAAAGCAUCCUGGGAAUCGACCAGGUGGGGGUACCACAGCACCGGCCAAUCAGCUUCGACACGGCUUUCGUCAACAUCGGCGAGGACUUCAACGUGACGGAGGGCGUGUUCACCUGCCGCGUGCCAGGGGCGUACUACUUCUCCUUCAACGUGGGCAAGCUGCCCAUGAAGACGCUGUCCGUGAAGCUGAUGAAGAACCGCCUGGAGGUCCAGGCGAUGAUCUACGACGACAGCCAGGGCGAGAAGGCCCUGCAGAGCCAGAGCCUGAUGCUGGCGCUGAAAUCAGGCGACGUCGUCUGGCUCUACUCCCACCAGAGAGACGGAUUCGGAGCCUACAGCAACCACGCCAAGUACAUCACCUUCACCGGUUUCCUGGUUUACCCCGACAUCAGCCCCAGCUCCCCCACCACUGCCACCACCAGCCAAUCAGAAGCCGCAAAGAGGCCCUAACUGCAGCUGGGUGGCAAAUGACUGAGCAUCCUGGGUGGGAUUCAUGUUCACACCGCGAAAACACAACAUCUUACCAAGAGGUUUUGGUCUGGUUUCUUAUUACACUUGAAAUAAGACAGAACUAACUUACAUGUAGCUUUUCAGCAAAAUAGGUAGCUUGUUUUCCGUAAUAUGUGGAAUAAUUCCCUGUAUGUGGAAUCCCAAAAAUUUAAAUGGAACCAUUUUAUGUACUUCUUUGCACUACGUUCAUCAAACUUUGGAAUCUAAAUUUUAAAUAGACAACAUGUUGAAGCCAUGGAAGAUGUGAAAUAAGUUUGAUGUUCUGUUGUCUGAAGUCUACAUUUCUAACUGUUUAUAUGAAAAUUGUCUCUUUACAGCUGAUACUAUGUAAUAUACACACUUGAGUUCAUGACAAAUGUCCUCUAAGGGACAGCAAAAGAAUAUUCUGUUCUAAUAUUGAAGAAAAAAUUCUGGUCCUAAUGGCAGAUUAUUUCAUUUCAAACAAGACAUUUAAUCCAUCAGUUGUACUAUUUUUAAGCAAUAUUCGUGAAUUAUUGACCUAGAACAAGCUCCUAUAUAUUGUUGAAAAAUUGCCUGCAAAUUAAUUUUGCCUUAAUUCAACUGUACUAACAUAUUUUCUGUAGAAACUGGGCAAAGCUACUUGGUAAGAUUUUGUGUUUUUGCAGUGAAAGUCACAGAGGGUAUCAGGAAUAAUUCCUUCUCAAAGUCAAAGGAGUUUUGGACUCAGAACCUCAGAGAGAAUCUAUUUAGUUUAUAGCUAAUGGCUUCCCAUGUCAGGAGUCCAUCUCACUUGAGUGUGAAUAUUUCACUCUAUAAUGAAAGUUCCACUACGUGUUGGAUUAUGCACAAACGUUGCAAAAGUAAGAAAAUCAAAUUUAGCCCCACUUCAAAAUAACCUGCUAGCAUAAUUUCAAUGAGAUCAAGAGAAAGUGUUAGCAUUGGUGGUGGGCACCGCUAGCUAAAAUGUUAGCUGUGCUAACCCUAAGGGGCUAGUCAUAACCCUUCUGCUAUUGGUGAAGUGCUACACCAACAUGGUAUUUAGAGGGAGCUAAUGCUAAAGCGCUAACGUCAAUUCAUAUUAUAUCUGCCCUUGAAAGACUACAACGCUAAACCACCAAUUAAAUAUGACAUUAUAAUUUACAUAUUCUGUAAUUAUACGUUGUGUUAUGUUUAUAUUUUUCUCUCAAGUUCCGUUUUUAUUUUGUUCCUCUAUGUUUUUUGUUUGAAAUAAAGUUAUUGGAGCAGGGGUUGAAACUGACCCUGAGGAAAGGAAACAGUUGCUGCGUAAACAGUUUUCGCCCACUUCAAAGUAAGAGCAUGAAUAUAAACGUCUAACUACUUGAAGAGUUUUAAACUGUCUGUGACUUAACGUUCAACACAUGUUGAACUUUAUUUAACUAAACUUUCCCAAACAGCCAAGUAAAUUAUCCCUUUAGAAUCUAUAUGGACAAAUGAAUUUAGGGGAAGUGAGCUAAAUGUUUUCAAAGUUAGCAAAAGUGCUAAAUGAAACAUCAGAUCUGCUAUUAGCAGAUUAGCAGAAGGGUGCCCACCACUGGUUAGCACAAAUAUCAUCUAUCUGCACUUUACUAAAUAAUUAAUUCUGGUUAAAUUAGUCAGGUCCAGUCUAAAUAAAUACAAACUGAAGCCAGUCUGGGUGCAGUUUUCUAUAACGGAUCAAUAAUAACUGUCAACAAAACAACAAAUGAAGUUUUUAAGUUCCAAGAAAAUUUAAGUGACACUAAAAUGAUAAUCAUCUGAUAUGCUUAAUUUUUACAGACUCUAUCCACAACUGUACAAUAAAAUAUAAAGUAGUUUAUUUUAGAAGCUUCUAAUGUGGACUUAAUUCAAAAACGUCAACUAAGCUAAUGUUCAUUGACAAGUUUGGUUGAAUCAUGAGCUAAAAAUGCUGUAAAAUUAAAGCAUUUCUCUGUGAAAUAGAUUUACCAAAGAGUUGGACAUUCAUAAAUGGUCGUUUGAUCUGAACAUUUCUGCAAAGUAAUUCGAAUCGAUUUAACCUUCAGUGGUUUGAUAAGCACGGAUAAUCAGAAUUUUCAUUCUCUACUGAAAUAUUCCUUGAAGUGUUGGCUUCCUGUCAAACGUUUGGUGUUUCUGCUUAUAAGUAAGACGUCUCUUUACUUGUUUUACUUGUUUACCGCAUGUAAAUUACUGUGAACCGUGUUGGGCUUUUGUGUCAAAAUGAGUGUUUUCUUUCCAAUAUUUGGGAGCUCGAUGUUGUCUCUCGGUCGCAGGGGGAGCGGAGGAUUCCAGGACAGAACUGACACAGAUUUGGAAGAAGAGCACAACUCCGUAUCCAUACAACUGUUGACCACCCGCCUCCUCCGAGCCUGCGGGGAUCUGGGACAUAAUUUGAUUUCUAAUUCUAGCAGCAUUUAUUUCACGUCUUCAGACAGAGCCCACUGUGGGGAAAAUUGAAUUGCUUCUCCCAGGCUGCAGUGAUGUGCAUAUCUAAUUUCACACCGCUAGGAAUAAGAUUAUACAGUUCAAACUGUCAUGGACCCUUCCCUUAUCAAACAACCCGAUCCUCUGGAGGACCGCAGGGGUUCAACUUUAGUUUUGUUGAACGUUUAGAUGUUUUGAUGACAUUGGUUGAAAAUUUAUGAGAUGCAAACCUUUGACUUUACUCCAGUCAGUCAGUAUUUGGCAAAAGAAAACUGAGUUAGAGUUAGGAAUCAGCAGCGGGGAAACAUGUUGGGAGAGCGUUCCACAGAUCUGCAGGAAACUGUUUGAAAAUGUUUGCUCUAUAUGCAAAUCUCACCCAGUUUUAAAUGAGACGCCAUUUAGAAAUCAGGCUGGAAAAAGGCGCUUGCUGUGAUUUCUGUUAGAAACCGUAAAGGCAGGAACACUUUAGCAAAGCAAACCACUGAAAACUCAUUUCCUCUGGAUGUGUUUGACAGAGGAAGUGGACUAAACAUGAAAACAUCUUUAUGUCUAAAGAUAAUGAUAAGCCUGAAAAUAUGAAUUUUCCUGUCUCACUGAUUGCUGCUUUCGAAAGCUUUAAGGCGGCAGCGACUUUUAGGAAACAAACUUGCGGUUAAUUUUCUCUCCCAGUAAACUCUGAGUUUCUCCUUUAGUCUCAGAAGAAAGCUCCCUCCAUCUCAGCCUCAGCGUGAGAGCGGCCCAGAUCGAUUCAACCGGCCCGAUGCAGCUCAGGAAAUCAUGUUUGUUCUGUCCACAACCCUCCAGAAUCAUCCAAAACCCACCAGAACCCAUACGGAACCAUCCAAACCCUCCAGAUCCCUUAGGAGCCCUACAAAACCCUUAAGAGCCCUUCAGAACCCACCAGAACCAUCCAAAACCCACCAGAACCCCUCCGGAACCAUCCAAAACCCACCAGAACCCCUCCAGAACCAUCCAAACCCCACCAGAACCCCUCCAGAAUCAUCCAAACCCCACCAGAACCCCUCCAGAACCAUCCAAAACCCACCAGAACCCCUCCAGAACCAUCCAAAACCCACCAGAACCCCCCAGAACCAUCCAAAACCCUCUACAAGCCACCAAAACCUCUUCAGAACCAUCUAAAACCCUCCAGAACCUACCAGAACCAAUCUAGAAUCUUUCCAGAACCCUCCAAACCUACAGAACAAUCUAGAACACUGCAGAAUCCUUCAGAAUCUCUCCAAAACCCAUCCAGAACCACCUAGAACCCCUGCAAAACUUCCAGAACCCUCCAGAACUUAUCUAGAACUUCCAAGGCCCAUCCAGAUCCCCUGGCGUGUGCAGCGCUCAGAGACUUGUGUUAUGCAUGCAUGUAACUGAAAACAAAACAUCUGAGGAGAAAUGCUUUCUCAUGAUCGCAUGUCCAGCUUGUGUGUGUUAUGUGUACAGUUCCUGUUUCUGAUGCUUUAGGUCAAAAAUUGUGUAUUUAAAAAUAAUUUCAUUUAUAUAUAUAUAUAUAUAUAUAUAUAUAUAUAUAUAUAUAUAUAUAUAUAUAUAUAUAUAUAUAUUCCAAUUUCUAGAGUUUUCCAAACAGUUUUGUCGGGUCAGAAAAACCCCCUGGGUGAUAUUUUGCUGUCUUCUGUAGUCUGCCCCCAACUAUUUGAGAUGUUAAACGGAUUUUUACAUGUAAAGUGAAUGCGACGGGAAAAAAAACAUUCGUUGAAAUAAACAAGGACAAACAUCUUG